AUGGUGAAGCUGACGAUGCUCGCGCGCGUCUCCGACGGCCUUCCCCUCGCGGAGGGCCUCGACAGCGACCGUCAGGCGGACCUCGAGCCGUACAAGCAUCAGGCGAAGACGCUGUUCAAGAAGCUCAGCGCGGGCCCGCCUCCGCCGUCGCGGAUGUCCUACGAGUCCGGGCCGUACUUUCUGCACUACAUGAUCGAGCAGGGCGUGUGCUACCUCACGCUGUCCGACCGCGGGUACCCGAAGAAGCUCGCGUAUCAGUACUUAGAGGACCUCCAGAGGGAGUUUAGCGCGCUGAACGGCGCCGCGGUGGAGACAGUCGCGCGCCCGUACGCGUUCAUAAAGUUCGACACGUUCAUCCAGAGGACGAAGAAGCUCUACCUCGACACGCGGACGCAGCGCAACUUGAACAAGCUCAACGAGGAUCUGCACGACAUUCAGUCCGUGAUGACGCGGAACAUUCAGGACAUCUUAGGCCAAGGCGAGAAGCUCGACAACGUCACGAACAUGUCGGAGACGCUCGCGAGCGAGACGAGGAAGUAUUCGAAAAAGGCAAAGGAGCUCGCGUUUCAGGCGCUCGUGCAAAAAUACGCGCCGAUCGUCGCCGUGGUCGGGAUCGUCGUCCUGUUCUUGUUCUUCCGGUGGAUGGUGUUCGGAGGACGAAGGCCGAGUUGAUGCAUCCCAUCGUCAGUCUCGCGUCUCGUCGUCCUCGGAGGGAGGUUGGUUUUCUUGUAAUAUAGGCUACCUACUACGCGCU